AAUUUCCAUACGUUUGGAGACAUCCGCAAGAGAUUCACCAUGAUCGCCAACAUGAGGUUCGCUCUGCUUCUCGCUCUGGUCGGCUCUGCCGUUUGCUACCCAUCAUUCGCUGGCAUUGGUGGGGAUGCAGCCGGAGGGAUAGAGGGAGCUAUCGGUGCAGGUGCAGGUGGAUUCGGAGGUGCUAUUGAAGCAGGAGCUGGCGCCGCAGGCCAUAUUGGAUCGUCAUCUUUAUUGGGAGGUGCUGGUUUAGCCUCAACUGGAAUCGAAGCUGGAAUCGGUGCAGCAAGUGAAGCUGCAUCCGAUGUUGCUAGUGGCAACUUUGUCGGUGCUGCCACUGAUGCUGCAUCUGUUGGUGCAUCAGGAGCCUCUAGAGCAGCUAACAUUGCAGGCAACACUGCAUCCUCUGAUAUAUCUUCAGCUGCCAGCGGAGCUGGGGAUGCAGCUUCAAUUGGAGCUGAAUCAGGUUUUGGGGCUGCAGGUUCUGCAGCAAAUGCAGGCGCAAGGGCAGCUGGCGAUGCAAGCGGAUUCCUGUCUGCCGGAAAUGGCGCCUCAAGCUCCAAUAGUGGUUCUAGUAGUGGUUCAAGCUCCAGCGGCCUUGGCAGCUCAGGUAGCUCAAGAGGUUCUAGCUCCGGUUCAUCCUCCAGCGGCCUUGGCAGUUCAGGUAGCUCAAGUGGUGCCAAUUCCGGUUCAUCCUCUAGCGGCCUUGGCGUCUUAGGUAGCUCAAGCGGUGCUAAUUCCGGUUCCGUGUCCAGCGGCCUUGGUAGUUCAGGUAGCUCAAGCGAUGCAAACUCCGGUUCCUUCUCCAGCGGCCUUGGUAGUUCAGGUAGCUCAAGCGAUGCAAACUCCGGUUCCUUCUCCAGCGGCCUUGGUAGUUCAGGUAGCUCAAGCGAUGCAAACUCCGAUUCAUACUCCAGCAGCCUUGGCAGUUCAGGUAGCUCAAGUGGCGCCAACUCCGGUUCAUUCUCCAGCGGUCUUGGCAGUUCCGGUAGCUCAAGCGGUGCUAACUCCGGUUCCUUCUCCGACGGCCUUGGCAGUUCGGGUAGCUCAAGCAACGCAAACUCCGACUCCUACUCCGAUUAAUUCUAAAACGGAAAUUCUGUCAGUGUUUCCUACAGUAAUUAAAAUUACUCCAUCAAUGGAAACAUCGAUUCAAACUCAAGAAGCAAUAUCAGCAGUGAUUCCAAAAGCACUUCAAACAACAAUUCUAAUACUUCAAGCAAUGAAAAAUGUAGAAUCGAUAGCUCAAGCGAUACAGGCUCCAGUUCAUAUUGAAACGUCAAUUCUAACAGUGCUUUCGACAGUAAGGAAAACAGCUCAAUCUAUAGAACCUCCGAUCCAAACGCAAGCAACAAUUCUAAUAGGAGUUCAAAUAGUUCUAGCAAUGGAGACUUUAAUUGAAUUUCUAAUGAGAAAUAAAGCGAUAACUUCGAAGAUGGGUAUCCACUACAAUCAGCUCAAGUGAUGACAAACAGAAAAGCAACAAUUCGUCUAGUCAGUAUGGAACGAUAGUUAUAGUUUUGCAGGAAACUCGCUUGCGUUGUUUUUUUGUAGAGCCAUUAUAUUACUCAAUCUCUGACUUUGUUCGGAUGCUCAGUUCAAUGAAUCGGACCAUCCAUAUUAUAGCGGAAAUCAUGUUAAAGUACCGAAGUUGUCUUAAUGUUACUUAAUGAAUUGUAAUGUCUUUGAACUGUUCCUACUCUCAAAUAGUACGUAGUGUCUAUUAUAGUACAAUAAUUACUGUUUGUUAUUUGUUUCCUCAAAGUCAAUUUAGAUCAUUGAAAAGGAUAUUUCCUUUUGUUAAUUUUUUUUCUGUUUCUAUCAAUAAAUGCUCAUUACAAAU